UAGCAAUUUAGUCUUUGAAAAGUUGGCCUGAGAAAUUACAAAAUUUCAUUCAAAAUAUAAUUGCCUGAGUGCACCUCGAUAUAAAUAUUUGGACAAGCUAUCGAUCUUUCAAAGCAAAAUAUUGUCUUACGAUCGCACGGUUAGCAGAAAGGCUUACGCUUCAAAAGUCCAUCCAAGAUGAACCUUACUUGCAACAACUCCUGGGCCAGCAUUAGAGCAAAUUUUUCAAACGAGUUCAAUCAGAGUGUAUCUGCUAAUUUGCCAGCUUGCUCUGAAACCGCUGGACAGAGUCCAUCAGUGAUCGACCCAUUAGAGGAUUUUUACAAAGCCGCUUUCGGUUCCUCCAUCUUCAUCUACGUGGUUUCGUUUAUCACAAUCUUAGCCAAUAGUCUUCUGCUUCUCAUUUUCUGCGUCGAUCCACUGAAAAUCUUCCGCAAUCCAACCACGUAUUUCCUGAUCGGUUUGGCCAUUGUCGACUUAUUAACAGCGCUGGUUCAAGAACCCAUCUACGCCACUUGUUUCAUGUUCGUUUACUUUCAACAUCCUUUGAGGAAGAAAUGCCAACCUCUCGCGAAUGCUGGAAGGCGUCUCGGCGCUUUUGCUAUGACGGCAUCCUUUCUAAUCGUCUUCGCCUUUACCGUAACGCAGUACAUCGUGGUUUCAUCUCCUCUAAAGUACGGCCGUCUGGUCACAAAGAGGAAAGUCUUAUUUAGUAUUGCGGUCAUCUAUCUUUACUCAGCAAUCUUCUGGUGCCUUCACUUGAUGGGUGUGUCUCCAAAUGUUCAGAAUAUUAUGGAUUCCUUUAUACACGACUAUCUCUUAGUCUUUAUCACCAUUGCUUUCUAUAUACUCCUACAUCGUGCGAUGAAAAAGAAGAUGACCGCAGGAAAAUCCCUUCAAAGCCAAACUGGAAAACGCGACAAUAGCAAACAUGUCCGAGUGCAACGCAACUUUGUCCGUGUGAAUUUCAUGCUUCUUGCCGUGCUGAUUAUGUGUAACAUGCCAUCAGCUGUCAUGUGGACGGUGAAACUGUUCAUGGUAGACCAAAAUGCUACUCCCGUGAAGACCCUGAUUGCAAACUUGAUGGUAGAUAACCUGCUUUACCUGAAAUUCCUGUUGGACCCGUUUGUCUACGCGUGGCGCGUGCCAAAGUACCGUACAUCCCUUAGCAAGAUUGUUUGUUGUAAAAACACAGGCAAGGAAUCAAAUCGAAAUGGAAAUGGAAGCGAAAGCAAGUUAUCAGCCAGAAAAAGUCUCGACGGCGAGCUAUCGACAGUGGAACUGAACAAAUCAGUGAUAACUUUACUGAGUUUUAAGACUAUGUUGGAUUCCUCAGUUAUCGUCAAGUAAAUGGUUGUUGUGUAACGACGGGAAAUGAUCGCCUGCAUAAAUGCCCCCCCCGGGGGGGGGGGUACACCCAGAGGAAAUGGGUAGGGACGUGAGGCCCGCCUCCUGAAAGCCUUACCUUAUUUAAGACCGAAAUCUGUGAUUUUCCCUAGCCUAUUUACGACCUGACCAAAGAUUCGAUACUCUAUUUGAGACCUGACCCUUAAAUCAAUACCGUUUCAGACCUGCGUAUUAGUUUACUAGUUCAAACAGAUGUUAAAGGCAAUGUUUUGUACAUAAAUUAUAUGUAUUUAUUCGAUAGGAUAGCUUCCUCUAAAAACAUACCCAAUUCAAGUCUAGAUUGCAAAAGCCAUACCCUAUUUAUGGCCAAAACGACUAAAAAACCAUACCCUAAUGUAGUUAUAAUGUACGAGUGAACGUUUACUUAGAAGGAUAACCUUGGACCAGACACUCGUUUACACGAGGCAUGUUUUUUUCUCUUUUUGGUAACGUUGUUUGCAGCCGAUGAUAUACUCAAAAUUAGUGAUUUGUGAGAGCCUCAGUAUACGUAGGCGCAUGCUCGUCCCCAGAGCCUCCGUUCGUUUUGGUCACGUGGUCGGCGUAUUUUAUUACGAGUUGCACUGGGCACUAGAAUGACGUGAGCCUGUACCAUUUAACAAAUAACUAAGCCUAAGCCGUGUAUUACACUGUGAUAAAACACGACGGGCAUUUGAGAACACGAGGGAAAUGCAGUAAACACGAGCCACAGGCGAGUGUUUUCUACCGAUUUCUCGAGUGUUCUAAAACGUCCGGAGUGUUUGAUCAAAGUGUAAUACACGGCUUAGGCUUCUUCAUUUCCUUUAUAAUAUAAAGGUGAAACCAACAGACCAGGGAAGUAUUAUUAGAAAAGCCUUUAAAAAAGACUAGGCAAGGAUUGGUAAGAAUGGUUAGUACUAAACUGACACGCUUUUUAAUUAAAAAAACAACAACAAUAACAAAAGGAAAAAGGAAAACGUAAUUUCAUUUGAAAAACAGCUCGACUCAAUUUCCCGGGAACAGUUCCAAAGUUAUAAAACGCAUGUUUUAUUGAGUUCAUUACUUCAUAACUUAUCUAACAUUCUUACAUACAAAAUAUUUCUUCACAAUGUCUUUUUUCUUUGAAAUCUCUAGAUUAUUUAACACCAUUUCGGUCAUUUCUCGAAAGUGGUUUACUCUAACUACACGGAAAAUAAUCAAAUUUUGGUAUCACUCCGAACUAUACGACCACCCUAAACAGUGAUUUCUUCAAUGGAUUAAUACGAGAAAACGGAAAGUGAGAAAGCGAGAUCAUGGGUACUUACCAUUUAGCCAAAACUCCGAAAAUUUCGGUUAAAAGUCAAAUGGAACAUUAAAUUUUACGGAAAAUCCGUUCGGGAAUUAAAGACUACCUCCACAGGUAGUUCUCUUUUUUCGUUCGGAACGGAACGGCGGAAAUUUCCUUACCAUUUCCUAAAUUUUCCAGUUUCCAGUCUCUCAGCAGCCUAAAAAAAUUACGGGAAAUCCUAUUGUAAAUUGUAAGCGCCAUCUCGUUCGGUUGGUUCGCUGAUUUUGGAGAAACUCUUACCGUUAUUCAACGGGCACCCCAACCGAUUUAUUUUGACAAAUGAUAAGCACCUGAAAAGUAUACAGUUCUCAGAAUUGAAACGGAGACGGUUCUUCCACGGGUAAAAGUUCUAUUAGUUUUGACACGCUUAACUUAAAUGACCAAGAAAUCGUUUUACAAUUCCAUGCUACUCUCAAUCGACGCGUAACAAAAUUAAAACGUGCGAAAAUCGGCUGGAUCGAAAGUCUGCAAUUCGAUCGUGCCAAUUUCCUCCCGUUUACAUUUGGUCUUGCCCAAACAACGGCACAAAUCGGACACAAAAUAUGGAGCCCUUCUAAAAAGGGCGGCUACAAUAUUAUAGCAAACGAACUAAAACAGUUGUCGAUACAUUUUGGACAACGAGGAAGAUUGCAUCUCCAGCCUCCAUCAACAUAAAACUUCACCCUGCUAUCAUCUCAUGCUUUCUUCAAAUUCACUAGAGGUUGAUUAUUUGUAUUUUGGUCGACGUUUUCCAGCGACAAUCGAGAGGCUAAUUCUGAUAACUUGCCU